UUGGCCUGGUGCUUGGACGACUUGAUGGCGAAGCACUGGGUAAUAAGCUUGGGAUGGAACUCGGAUCAUUGCUAGGUGCCUGGCUAGCACUUGGAUUGUAGCUCGGUUGACCACUAGGCUCAGUACUCACUGAGGGAGCUCCACUCGGCAAGUUGCUUGGAUUCGAGCUUGGGGUGCUGGAUGGUAAGUAGCUUGGUGUGGCAGAUGGCAGGGAACUUGGUGGGUAGGAUGGUUGGUGGCUUGUGCUGGGACUGUGGCUUGGCGCACCACUGGGACGAAGACUGGCUGUGGGAGAUGAGCUUGGCCUGGCGCUUGGACUACUUGAUGGUGAAGCGCUGGGUAAUAAGCUUGGGGUGGCACUUGGAAUGGCCCCCGGAUCACUGCUAGGUGCCUGGCUAGCACUUGGAUUGGAGCUUGGCUGGCUGCUCGGGAGAGCGCUGGCUGUUGGAUUUGUGCUGGGACGGCUUGAUGGGAUACUAGAUGGGACAAAGCUGGGGAAAUUGGAUGGUAACGUGCUUGUUGUAGGCGUGCCAGAAGGCAUAGUCGAACGAACCAGGGACGGUUGAGCUGAAGGCACAAUGGAAGGCACAGAGGAGGGUGGAACUGAAGGUACAACCGAAGGCGAAGUUGAUGGGGCGGAUGACGGCGUACCGAAAACCGCUGUGCGCACAUCUACAACCAAAACCGAUUGGGCAGUUUUGGUCACAACGAAUUCAGUAAAGAGAGCCUCGCCCACUUGCUGACUUUCGUAAUACACAUCAGACUUGUACGGCGUGACGGUCACUGUAACAUACACGGAAUCAUCAAUUUGGAGGUCGCCGCUUGCCAAAAAGACACCAGACUCGUAGUUCCCAUUCCCCUGGUCUAUAUAUGUGGAAAUGUUUGUACCACCUCUAUCGACCUGGAUGAUGAAAUCCAAUGUGUCAAAAGGAUAAUCAACCUGGGCAAUGAUUGCAAGCGACGACUCGGAAAUCGUAAAACUGUUAUCUUGUGCGACAGAUUGAAUUUCGUUGUUGCUCCCAUCGGACAGAGUAAGAUCAGCUGUAAAAGGGGGGGGAUUCACAGUGAAGAGCACUUCGUGGGGUGUGCCAGCCACGGACCCCUUGUAUGGGGUAGCUUUCACACGAAAUGUGGCGCUAUCUUCCGUAUUCCACAAUUCACCGUAGUCUGUCCCCGACACAAACUGUUGGUCGGACAAGCCAAGGGAAAUUUCGAAAUAGACGCUCACUGAUGAAUCGUCGACGUCAGCCCUAAUACCAAGCGAUGACGCAGAAGUUGUGAAUUCAUUCUCAGGACUGAAGAAAAUGCUUGGUUCGUCAAAGUCAUACAAGGUAAAACCAGUGACGGAAAAGGAACCAGUAGGCGCUGAGGAAGGAGAUGUGCUGGGAGGCUGGGACGGCAACGAACUUGGUGUCCAUGACGGCAAGAAGCUUGGUGUGGAUGACGGCAUCAAACUUGGUCCCGCAGACUGCAAGGAGCUUGGUCCCACAGACGGCAAGAAGCUUGGUGUGGAUGACGGCAUCAACUUGGUCCCGCAGACUGCAAGGAGCUUGGUCCACAGACGGCAAGAAGCUUGGCGUCGAUGACGGCAUCAAACUUGGUCC